AUGAAGAUGGAAACUCCAUACCAGAACCAUAUAGACAAGGCUGACUUUGAUCACGUUUAUGAGCCUGCUGAAGACAGUUUCCUAUUAAUUGAUGCCUUAGAAAAGGACUUAGAAUAUUUAAAGGCUAAAAACCCCACAUUUUGUCUAGAAGUGGGCUCUGGAAGUGGUGUGGUGAUCACUGCACUUGGAAUGGCGUUUCCUGGAGCACUCUGUCUUAGUACAGACAUCAAUUUUAAAGCCUGUGUAAUGUCAAAAGCAACAGCUACUUACAACAAGGUGGUUUUGGAUGCUGUCAAUAUGGAUUUAGCAACAGCUUUUACGGACAAGAAAUUUGAUAUCAUUAUAUUUAAUCCACCGUAUGUGGUAACAGAAUCAGAAGAAUGCGGGGGCACAGACAUUACUGCGAGUUGGGCGGGCGGGGUAAAGGGCCGCGAAGUGACUGACCGCUUGCUCAGUUUGAUACCAAAGAAGCUUGCUGACAAUGGCACCUUUUACUUAUUAUUGAUUGAAGAUAACAUUCCAAGUGAAGUUGUAGGUAUAAUGGCAAAGUAUGGAUUUCGUCAUGACAUCGUGGUGACAAGGAGAGUGAGGAAUGAACUACAACGUGUGUUGAAGUUCCACAGAUAAAAGUAAUGAGAGUUUGUUGUAUUAAGGCAACUUUUAUCAUAUUUAUAAGUUUAACUUGAGUAUAAAAAUAAAAAUGUUAUAUUUGUAACAG